GCUCGCUCUUUCUGUGUGUGGCGGAGCAGCUCCGGCAUCCUUUGCACGGCGGCGUGUGAGCUCGAACAUGUAAACGCGAAGCGCGAGUUCCGAGCGGGGCAGCAUGAGGCGAUGAGGACGGCAAAUGACGUGUUUGGAUUUCGGGGCCGCUGCACCCGCUUUUGUCGCUUUCUUUUUUGCAUCAUUUUUUUGGGGAGUGUGCAGUAAUGCGGAAUAGUGGGCGUUGACCGUGGGACGAUUCAAGAUGAAGAAGCAGUUCAAUCGAAUGAGGCAGCUCGCCAACCAAACGGUGGGAAGAGCCGAAAAAACAGAAGUGUUAAGUGAAGACCUCCUGCAGGUGGAGAAACGUCUGGACCUGGUCAAGCAAGUGACGCACAGCACACACAAGAAGCUGACGGCUUGCUUGCAGGGUCAGCAGGGGGCCGACGUGGAGAAGAAAUCGGUCAAGUCGCCUUCUAAAAAGUUACCACUCACCAUUCUAGCACAGUGCAUGGUGGAGGGAGCGGCAGUAUUGGGAGACGACUCCCUCUUGGGAAAGAUGCUGAAAAUGUGCGGAGAGACGGAGGAAAAGUUGGCCCAGGAACUUAUCGAUUUUGAGUUCCAGAUUGAGCGAGAUGUGGUAGAACCGCUCUACGUGCUAGCUGAGGUGGAUAUUCCAAAUCUACAGAAACAAAGAAAGCACCUAGCUAAACUGGUUUUGGACAUGGACUCAUCUCGGACAAGAUAUCAGCAGUCGUCAAAGUCGUCCAGUCACCCGAGCAACCUUCAACCCGGCACAAAGUCUGAAUCGCUCCGAGAGGAAAUGGAAGAGGCGGCCACUCGGAUGGAGAUCUGCAGGGAUCAGCUGUCUGCAGAUAUGUACAGUUUUGUGGCCAAGGAAUUAGACUAUGCAAAUUACUUCCAGACACUCAUAGAAACGCAAGCGGAAUAUCACAGGAAGUCAUUGGAGAUUCUAAAUGGUAUCCUGCCCCAAAUUAAAGCACACCAAGAGGCGUGGGUGGAGAAGCCGUCAUACGGGAAGUCCCUGGAGGAGCACCUGAACAUUAGCGGCAGGGAGAUCGCCUUCCCCAUCGAAGCGUGUGUCACCAUGCUGCUGGAGUGCGGCAUGCAAGAGGAGGGCCUCUUCCGAGUGGCGCCGUCAGCCUCCAAACUGAAGAAACUGAAAGCCUCCCUGGACUGCGGCGUUCUGGAUGUGCAAGAGUAUUCCUCCGACCCGCACGCCAUCGCAGGCGCUCUCAAAUCGUACUUACGAGAACUCCCCGAGCCGCUGAUGACGACGGAGCUUUACGACGAAUGGAUCCAGGCCUCCAACAUUCAAGAUAUGGACAAGCGACUCCAAGCAUUAAUGGCGGCGUGUGAGAAACUGCCCACAGACAAUUUAAACAACUUCAGAUAUCUGGUCAAAUUCUUAGCCAAGCUGAGCGAGUACCAGGACGCCAACAAGAUGACGCCCGGGAACAUGGCCAUCGUCCUCGGCCCUAACUUACUCUGGACGCACACCGAGCCGGACAUGACGGAGAUGAUGACAACGUUGUCGCUGCAGAUUGUCGGAAUCAUCGAGCCCAUUAUCCAACAUGCCGACUGGUUCUUCCCAGGAGAGAUUGAAUUCAACCUGACCGGCAGCUACGGCAGCCCCGUCCACACCAACCACAACUCCAACUACAGCUCCAUGCCUUCCCCCGACAUGGAGCAGUCGGAACGCAAGCAGCCGCACCACGACCAGAGCCGGCGCCCCCUCAGCGUUGCCACGGACAACAUGAUGCUGGAGUUUUACAAGAAGGAUGGCAUUAGGAAAAUCCAAAGCAUGGGCGUACGGGUGAUGGAUACUUCCUGGGUGUCGCGUAAGGGUUCGUCCACGUUGGCCCGAAAGACCUGCUCCACCCCGCCGGGCGUCUACUCCAUGCCCGCCGACUCGCUGGUCGCCGCCGAGCAGCCCGGGGAGUUUGCCGCCUCGCCGGUCGCCACGCCGCCACCCGUGGAGAGGAUCGGCUCGGACGCCUCGCCCAAUCGGCCGGACGGCUCUCACGGCCAGCCGGCCCCGGGGGAGGAGCGUCCGCCCCCUCCUUACCCGGCCGCCGCCCAUCACCACUUUUACCCCAAGCCCCCUCCCUGCGCUCGGCCGGUGGCGCCGGGUCCGGAGUCGCAGCCCCCGGCCUCGCCGCCGCCCCCGCAGCGCUGGUCGGGUUUCGCCCCCCCGGCCCCGGUCCCACUCCCGUCCUCCUCUUCUUCCUCCUCCUCAUCCUCACUCGACAUCAAUUCCAACCCCAAGCCCAGCUGCCUGCACUUCCCCAAGCAUAGCCCACCCGGCGAUACGUCGCACGCUCCCCCGCUCGACGCUAACGCUUCGCCGCUGUACGUGAAAACCCCGCUGGCGCCGGGCCGCCACGAGCAGCCCCUCGGCAACCCCCCUAGCCUCCCUUCCUCGGCGCCCCCGCCCCCGCCGUGGGCUGCCUGCCCGUGCGCCAGAGAGAGAGGACUCCCCAGGCUGACUAGUUCAUUGAAGAGUAAAGAGCUUUCGCCUGUCAUUGGCCAUAAAGGCAUCCAAGUGGCAAGUCCAACAGUGCCCCCUAACUGCAGUCCGCAGAGCUUCAGCCAGUGCCCCCAUUCCGCAGAGCACAGCCCGCACACCCUGCGAAAAGGUUCCAAAAAAUUGGCCCCCGGGCCUCCCAAAGUUCCGUACUGUCAGUCGGGCGCAAUGUCCGACCACUCCACCGGUCAGCCGUCACCGGUCAGCCUGUCCCCGACCCCGCCCAGCACCCCCUCCCCUUACGGACUGAUCUGCAGUCCCGGUCAAGCGCUGCCCCCGUCCUCGCCCGGGCAGACCCCCUUAGGCCCGCCCCACUCGCUUUCGUCCCCGCCCUCUCUGACGGGCACGCUCACCAAGUCCCGGCCCGCCCCCAAGCCCAGGCAGAGACCCAGCCUACCGCCGCCUCAGCCGCCUAGCAUCCCCGUGGGUUUCGUCGGACAUACCCCGGCUCCUGUCCAGGUCCCCGUGCCCCAGCCGCCGGAGCAGGGUCUCGCCGACGGACUGUCCCCGGGGGAGAGCAUGUCUACAGACAUCUUCAAUUACGAAAUCCCCUCCAUCAAUGUCAAUCUGGACAGCCUCAUCGACGAGUUCAGCGGCGCCCCCUGCAGGAGGUCCCAAUCGCCGCCGUCGGGCGAGGCCCCGCGCGAGGAGGAGCGGCUGGCGACCACUCUAUGAUGUCGCCAAUCGCCACGGGAGGCCGACACACCGUUUGGCCUCAUCUAUUGAUUCGUUGGCUGCCGCUGACAUCGAUAGACGCCCGAUCCGUUUAUCGCCGUCGAUGGCAGUGAAUAAGUUUUAAAAAAUGGUAAUCAUGAGAAAAUCUGCAUCCAGAACUGAAAGAAAAACACCAAAAUGCCACAUAGGACAAACCAAUGCCUUUAGAAAGAUUAUUGAUCACUUCUUAUUUACUGUUUUGUUUUGUGCUUUGUUUAAUCAUGAUGAUUUGUUUUUGUUUGUUUGUUUUAAUUUGCCUUAAAUGCGAUAUAGUUGUAUGAUUAUCAUAUCGCUUUUAUUGAGCCGGACAUGGAUGGGAUACAUUUGCUUCACAGGGUAACUUUAAUUCUGACUUUCCUCAAAUAGUGGCCAUGAAAAAAGGAAGGGUAAUGAGGUUUUCUCAGAUUACAAGUAGAGCAGUUACAGAAGUUACAGUACACACAUACAGUGCCCUCCAUAAUUAUUGGCACCCCUGAAAAAGAUGUGUUUUUUAGCUUCUAAUAAUUUUUUAUUAAUUCAAAUAAUAUGGGACCUUAAUGGAAAAAAGAGAAAAAUCCAACCUUCACAUGCACCCUAACAAGGUCCCCAGGGCCUUUGGAAGCAAAACAGCCCCACAGCAUCACCAGUUCAAGCCUGGGACCAUGUGUAUUUUUGUGUGAGACCAAGAUUGAGCUUUUUGGCAACAAACACUCUAAGUGGGUCUGGCGUGCCACGAAAGGUGCGCAUGCUGAAAAGCACCUCAUACCCACUGUGAAGUAUGGGGGUGGGUCAGUGAUGCUGUGGGGCUGUUUCGCUUCCAAAGGGCCUGGGAACCUUGUUAGGGUGCAUGGCAUCAUGAAUGCUUUGAAAUACCAGGACAUUUUAAAUCAAAAUUUGUUGCCCUCUGCCCGAAAGCUGAAGAUGGGUCGUCACUGGGUCUUUCAGCAAGACAAUGACCCUAAACAUAUGGCCAAAUCUAC